AUGUCGCCCAAGACCGUCACGACACUUCUCCUCUCUUCCCUCAUCUACAGCACCUCCUACGCCUUCGUUCCCCUGGAUAUCCACCCACCCAUAGACAAUAACGCCUUGCAACCAGUGCCCGCCAACCUCGACACGGCUCGCUGGAUUCCUGUCGCAACGCUCGACCCUGUUGCCAACACCCCUUAUCCUGCAUCCGCGGCGGUCACACCUACUCCAACCCCUCUCGAGAACGAAUACCGAAUUCUUCCCCUCGGUCUAGAUGCCAACGCAGUGCCUGAACUGAAAGUCCGGCAGGUCACAGGCCAAGGUGCCGCCGCCGCUCCAACUUUCAGUCAAAUAAGUCCGAUCACAACCUACUACAUCGAGAAAGAAGUGGCACCGGGUGAUUUCACGCAAGUGCCCGUAGUUUAUACACAGACCUUUGUACCGAUUCCAGAUCAAUGGCCCAGUCCAGUUGCAGGAACAAUUGGAUUGGGAACCAUCUCGGGCACCGUCGGACAGGUAAGGACUAAGAGAAGCCUACCAACCCAGGCACCCUUGGCAGAGGACAAAUCCGUAAAAGACGGCAGUGCAAACGCCAAUGGUCUUGUGGAAGAGACGGAAUCAUGGACGGAGAAACUCAAGAGCGUGGGCAAAGAGUGGAUUGAGCUAUUGCCCAAGGGGAAGGUCGAGAAACCGACUGUGAGCGAAGAGGGACUUGCUAAUACGCUGGACGAAGAAAUUGACAUUCCCAUUACUAUCCACGUGGAUGCUGUACCUCUCGAAAAUGAGCAGAAGAAGGCACCAUCACCGACGUUUGCCAACGACGCGCGCCGCGUUGUCCAGGCAGGGACGCUUGCUCUUCUCGCCGUGGGCAUUGCUACGAUGUGCGUGAGCUAUCUAUGA